CGGCGCCUCAGUCCAGUCACUGUUUGAAGCUUGCUCGCUGUUGACGGUCCUCUGUGGCGGUUUCGUGCCUUGUGCUCUGUUCUCCGGUGUGGGUACUUUUAUUUUCUUCUGGGCAUUUCGUGCCUCGAUGGGUACAGAUUUCGUAAAUGCUUUUUAAGAACGCCGACAGCACAGCAGUAAAGAACGGCUCCUUUGAGAGCGUAGGGCUUGUUUUAUACUUACCAGGCUUCUAUUUCACCGGAGAACCUCCUUGGGCGCAAAGCUGAGGUUCUUUUUGUAAUAAACCCCAUCUCUAACUUAUCCAUUUUGUUGCAUUCUCGUCUUGUGUUCGUGGCCUGUUGAGACAAUGAACACCUUCAGCAACGAGGAAUUUGACUUCAGCUUCCUUGAGGAAGGUUUUACUGCCCGGGAUGUCCUGGAGCAGAAGAUCAAUGAAGUGUCCUUAUCUGAUGACAAGGAUGCCUUUUAUGUUGCCGAUCUUGGAGAUAUUGUGAAGAAGCAUGUUCGGUGGUUUAAAGCACUUCCACGAGUGACUCCAUUUUAUGCUGUUAAAUGCAAUGAUAGCAAGGCUAUUGUGAAGACUCUGUCCAUCUUGGGGGCUGGAUUUGACUGUGCCAGCAAGACUGAAAUCCAACUUGUCCAAAGUAUCGGUGUUGCUCCAGAAAGAAUCAUCUAUGCCAACCCAUGCAAGCAAGUUUCUCAGAUCAAGUAUGCUGCUAGCAGUGGUGUGGAGAAGAUGACCUUUGAUAGUGAAGUAGAAUUGAUGAAGGUGGCAAGGAAUCACCCCAAUGCCAAACUUGUCUUACGGAUAGCCACAGAUGACUCAAAAGCUGUGUGUCGGCUGAGUGUAAAGUUUGGGGCCACUCUAAAAACAAGCAGGACCCUUCUGGAACGUGCAAAGGAGCUCAAUGUGGAUAUCAUUGGUGUAAGUUUCCAUGUUGGCAGUGGAUGUACAGAUCCUCAGACAUUUGUUCAAGCAGUUUCUGAUGCCCGAUGUGUCUUUGAUAUGGGAGCUGAGUUUGGUUUCAAUAUGCACUUACUUGACAUUGGUGGUGGCUUUCCUGGAUCUGAAGAUGUCAAGCUCAAAUUUGAGGAGGUGACAUCUGUAAUAAACCCCGCUCUAGACAAAUAUUUUCCAGUUGACUCCGGAGUGCAAAUUAUUGCAGAACCUGGAAGAUACUAUGUUGCUUCAGCCUUCACCCUCGCAGUCAAUAUCAUUGCAAAGAAGGUUAUGUUGACUGAACAGUCAGGAUCUGAUGAUGAAGAUGAUACUUUGUGUCCCAAAACACUCAUGUAUUAUGUCAACGAUGGUGUCUAUGGCUCUUUCAAUUGCAUUUUGUAUGAUCAUGCUCAUGUCAAGCCUAUGCUCCAGAAGAAGCCUAAAUUGGAUGAAAAAUACUACUCUAGCAGCAUUUGGGGACCAACAUGUGAUGGCUUGGAUCGCAUUGUUGAGCGAUUUGACCUACCAGAGCUGCAGGUUGGAGACUGGAUGCUGUUUGAGAACAUGGGAGCUUACACAGUAGCUGCAUCAUCAACAUUCAAUGGAUUCCAGAGACCAUCACUCUUCUACGUUAUGUCAAGGCCAUACUGGCAGCUGAUGCACGAUAUCCAAGAACAUGGAAUUGUUCCAGAGGUGACAGAUUCGACUGUUCUUCAUUUGUCUUGCGCCUUGGAAAGUGGGCUAGAGCUUAGUACUGCAGCCUGUACUUCAGCAAGUGUCAAUGUAUAGAUUUUUUAUUUAUCUGUAGGUGUAGUUUUAUGUAUUAGAAGUCAGUUAUGGGACCAUAAUUUAACUUUUUGUAGUGUAAUAUUCAGCAUAAAUGCAACAAAAUGGACGACUGGGAGAUGGGGUCACAAUUAUCUGUGUUCCUAUGGAAACUUUUUUAUUUUUUCAAUUGCUUAAGAGGCACUAAGGCCACCUGAGCAUUUUUAGCUUGUGUAAUGGCAGUGCCAUCUUGGUGUUUGACCCAUUUUACAAAUAAAGAACUUUAAAGUAAA